UCUGAGUUGCGGUUGGACGUUUGGCUGAUCUUGGUUUGCGCACCAGUAUUGGUGUGAGGUCUACGAUGGUGUUGGGCCCACAACACAACAAGGUGAGUGCUCACCCUAGAACAAUGUUAUCCACCACCUGGAUGACGGCACUUAGAGCGCGCUUCUUUGUGUUCAUAUGUGAGAAAUAGUACGAAUGGCAGGAGUCCAAUAGCUCUGAACUGCUGCGGGGUCAUGUGCUGCGGUGAUUACGGACAGAGCACCGAGGAGAUUACUGGGGCGGGAUUGUUUAUUCCCCUCAUCGCCGGCAGAUGUAGAUUGUCUCAUCACGCAGAGUCAGGAAGUCAUUGGAUUAGCAGCUAAACCAGCACCGCGCUCCGUCCCAGAGAGGAGCCUUCAUCCCCAUCGGAGAAAGCUCCAGAAAUGUAAACCUGAUCGAUGAAGAAAAUUACGAAGGGAAUGAAAAAGAGAACAUAGCUCUGGGUAACCUCACGCCAAACACCGCCACACUGCAGAAGGUCCACCACUGCUUCCCGAAGGAAUCGCCCACUGGCGUUAGAGACCGUCUGUCUACCUCCAGUCACUACCACCAACCACCGAUGAGCAGAUCCAACGGGCAGCUGUCCCCCCGCGGAUGUGACUCACGUCAGCAUCAAAAGUGCUGCCACUGCAACCACCAAGAGCGCAAACUAAGCUACACCGUGCCGCAACUGCCGGGACAUGAGGACCAUUCCAGUGUUACCACUUCUACGGAUGUCUCCCACCCGCCCACUGGCUGUAUCUGGAAGCAGUGGGACAAUGAACAGAGGGUGAAACAGCCGCUGCAACGCCACGUAGUAACUGUAAGACAUGAUAAAGCGUUCCGGAUGCCAAAAAGUUACUUCCAGCUGAUCAGUGACUGGCCUCUCCCAAUCUUGGCCGUCUGGUCGCUCCUUAUGCUGGUGUGUACUUUGGCAGGCCUCCUGGUUGGACACGUUCCAGAUUUCUCCAACCCUCUGAUGGGUUUCGAGCCCAGAGAUACCGACAUCGGAAGCAAACUAACAACGUGGAAAAAUAUCCAAAGCAACACGGGCUACAGAAAGGUCCUGUCUGUCUAUCCGCAUGGUGAGAAAAGCAGCUUGGACAACCUGGACUUCAUCAGAAGAAAUGAGAAGCUGUUCCAGAUAACCAAGAGGGACACCCGUCACCGUAGAAUGGUGGAUCAAAAAGACGGAGUAGACGGCGUCUUCUGUGGACCCCCAUCAAAGAGCUAUUCGCAGCUCGUGUUCAUGUCCAAAACCGCAGGAAGUUUAUGGAACCUCCAGGCCAUCCAGUCCAUGUGCCGUAUAGAGAAGGAGAAGAUCCGUUCACAUCCCACCUUCUCGGAGCUGUGCGAGCGCAACAACAAGAAGGAAUGCUGCCCCAGCUGGUCUCUGGGAAACUACAUCUCCGUCAUGUACAACCGGACAUCGUGCCUGGAGAUCACACAGAGCGACAUUUCCCACACCUUGGCUCUGCUGCGUUCCUGCGCGCCAAAUUAUUACAGCGGAGCCCUCACCCCUUCCUGCAUAGGUUCAAGUACAGAGCGGGAAAAACAUUCCCAGUGUGCCAAAGUGCCUGAGAAGUGCACCCGAUCCAGCGCAGUGUACCAGCUGCUCCAUUUUCUAGUAGACAGGGACUUUUUGAGCCCCCAGACCACAGAUUACCAGGUCCCAUCACUGAAGUACAGCUUGUUGUUUUCACCAGCCAAAAAAGGACCCUCCAUGAUGGACAUUUAUAUGGACAACCUGGAGUCCUGGGAACUUUUUGAUAAUUUUACAGCAAUUACCGGAAUGGACUUGGGGAUAAAGCAGAAACUCUUCCAGCACUACCUUGUCUUGGAUACCGUGUAUCCUGUCCUGGCAAUAUUGUCUAUUUUUAUAAGUAUGUCUUUUUACCUACGUUCCUUUUUUAUUACUUUUAUGGUCCUGAUGUCGGUUGUCGGCUCACUGAUGAUUUCCUUCUUUUUGUACAAACUGGUCUUCAGAAUGACUUUCUUUCCCUUUGUCAACCUGAUCGCCAUCAUCAUCCUCAGUAGUUUAUGCGCCAACCACACUUUUGUCUUCUUCGACCUGUGGAAUCUCAGCAAAAUCCAACACUCAGCAGGCGGCAUGUUACAUUGGGUGAAGCAUACUAUGCACCAUUUUGUAUAUCUUAUGUUGGUAUCUUGUUUGACAACCGGAGCUUCUUUCUAUGCCGGGUACCUGAGUAGCGUUACCUCAAUUCGUUGCUUUUCUGUUUACAUGGGAACAUCUGUACUGGUAAACAUGGCGUUUAUGAUAACGUGGCUGCCCGCCACCAUGGUCCUUUACGAGAGAUACAUUAGUGUCAACUGCGCUUACAAAUCUGAAGAAUACUGGAACAGCAAUGGACACAAAAGAGUUGUUUUCAGUUUGUACCAAAAACUUAAGAGUGUCCACGGCACCUUGUCUGAAACAUCAAAACUACUUUUCGAAAAGCUCCUUCCGUGUGGAGUGAUAAAGUUCCGGUAUAUCUGGAUUUGUUGGUUUGCCGCGCUGGCGGCAGGAGGUGCCUAUAUCGCAUGUGUGAGCCCAAAAUUAAAUCUGCCAUCGUCAGACAUGUCUUCGGUUCAGAUGUUUCGGCUGAGCCAUCCAUUCGAGAGAUAUGAUGCCGAAUACUGCCACCAGUUCAUGUUUGAGCACCAAGAACACGGAGAAGGUCAACAUAUGUCCAUAACACUUAUCUGGGGGAUUAUGCCUGUGGACAAUGGAGACCAUCUCAAUCCAGAGAUGAAUGGGACUCUCAUCAGGGACACUACUUUUAGCAUCCACAGCGCUGAGGAUCAGCGAUGGCUUAUGGAACUUUGUCAAAAGGUGAAAAACCAAAGUUUUUACUUUUCUGAUCAGACCAAAAAGCCAAACAUCUGCUUCAUGGAAGACUUCCACAAGUGGAUGGAAAGCCGGCAGUGCUCGCAGAGUGACCAAGACCAUAACCUAUGCUGUAACCAAUUUUCAUUUCCUUAUUCGAGAGACUUGUUUCUCCACUGCAUCAAAAUGAUGGUGACCGAACAAGGUGGCGGCGGCGGUUCUGAGGCCUAUGACAUAGGACCCAGAUUUAACGCCAAAGGGAACCUGACCGCCUUGGUUCUGGAAUUCCAGACGACGUAUCACUACAGUUUCAACUAUAGCAUAAGCAGGAAAUUCUACAACACCUUAAACCAAUGGCUCACGAAUGAGUUAAAGAACGCCCCUCGAGGGCUGCAGAAUGGAUGGUUUACCAGCAACCUUUCCCUGUUUAACCUCCAGCAUACACUAAGUACCGAGAUCAUGAUGAUAACCGGCUUUGCCGUUGCGAUUUCAUUUGUGGUUCUCCUUCUAACUACAUGGAACGUGUUCCUCAGUUUAUUUUCAGUGGCUGCCAUUGGAGGCUCGGUUCUGGUGACCGUGGGUCUUUUAGUUCUUCUGGAGUGGCAAUUGAAUGUCGUAGAAUCCCUGUUCGUUUCGGCAUCUGUCGGCCUCUCCGUGGACUUCACAGUAAACUACUGCAUUUCCUACCAUCUGUGUCCCCAUUCUGACCGCCUCAGCCGCGUGGCGUUCUCCUUAAAGCAAAUGAGUUCUGCCACGGCAAUGGGAGCCUUCGGGUUGUUUUCUGCCGGGGUAAUAAUGCUGCCCGCCACAGUGUUGGCAUACAGGAAACUGGGAAUUUUUAUAAUGAUGAUUAAAUGCAUUAGUUGUGGCUUCGCCACCUUCUUCUUCCAGUCACUUUGCUGUUUCUUUGGCCCAGAAAAGAACUGCGGACAAAUACUAUGGCCUUGCACCAAUGUCUUAAGGGACUGUCCCCAUGACCCCAGGUUAAACGGCACCUACACAUGCGGCGGGCAUGAGAAACAGAGUCGGCUAAGGAAAGUUCAGGAAUCUAACACCGAAAAUGAACAAUACGAGCUUCAGCCUUUAGCCAGGAACUUGAGUGAUAGUUUCGACAACAGUACUACAACUAGUAGGCUCUCCAAACGCCCGUCCAUUCUAUCGGAAGAUAUGCAGUUGUCGGAGAAUAAGCGCCAUAGAAUAGGAUCCCAACACAGUCAAAAAGAAGAUCAAGAUUACCAGGGGAACACAAUGGGGAAAAAGGGUUGUCCUGCUUUCCAAACCUCUUCUCCUUACAGACAAAGUAGCUUUGAAGAUAGGACCAAGAGGUGCGAACAAGCGUGCAGUCAAUGCGAUUACCAGAGAAUAAACAGCAAGAACUGGAAUGGAUCCGUGGUGGAUGACACCCACGUACACGACACACAUGGCCGAAAGCAAUCUAGUACCUUACAAAGUCCGAAAAUCUCCAGUCCCGUGAAUUAUUCUCCCGAGAGAAACAUCCGUAUGUUCGAAUAUUCCAGGUGCCUAUGUUCGGUGGGCAGUUCCUUCGACGCCCUUGACUCCAACGAAACUUGUCUUACCGACUUCGACCAUAGUUCGAAACUGGCCGACUCCACCAGAUGCUCUUCCGAUUUUCUCGACGUCCCCGAUUCCCCCUGUCAUGGCGAAAGGGGGCAUUUGAACGGGAAGAGAGAAACGUUGAGGUUGGCUCUAAGGGAGACCGUGUUCGAUUCCCCUACGUCCUCGAAACAGACUAAUAUGUUAUGGAAAAUCCAGUCCAACCAAGAUGGCGACCCCCCGGUUGUCCUACCUAACAGCGAACCAGAUAUGCCUGACGUGUGGAUUAAGAGGACUAAUGAACAUAGUUCCGGCUGUAUUAGCUGAAAGGUUCCUUUACCGCAGUGUUUCCCAACCAGGGUGCCUCGAGG